AUGGACGCCUCCUCCAAGGCAACCGCCGCCGCCGCCGCCGCCGGCGACGGCGGCGAGAAGCCCAGCGACGACCAAAAUCUCAGCCCCAACACCCCCGCCGCGACCGGAGGGGGCGACGACGUCUCGGCUGUCGCGGCGGCGGCGGCGGGAGGGCGGCGGCCGUUCACCGCCUUGAGCCAGGAGGAGGCGGACCUCGCCCUCGCGCGCGUGCUCCAGGAGCAGGAGCGGGCGUACAUGAUGCUGACCGGCCACGGCGGGGACGGGAGCGAGUACGCGGGCUCGGACGCCGGGAGCUACGACGACUACGAGGACGAGGACGAGGAGGGGAGCGAGUGGGAGGAGGAGGGGGACGGGGUGGUCCCCGACGGCGACGGCGAGGAUGAGGAGGUGGGCGACGCGGACGGGGCCGAGGUGGACCCCGCCGCGUACGACGACGACGAUGCCUACGCGCGGGCCCUCCAGGACGCCGAGGAGCGCGAGGUCGCCCAGCGGCUCAUGGCGCUCGCGGGGAUUACCGACUUAGGGGAAGAGAUGGACCAUGAUGUCGAAGAUGGUGAAGAUGGGGAUAGCGCACAGGAUGCAUGGGAAGAUGUUGAUCCAGAUGAAUACUCGUACGAGGAGCUGGUUGCAUUGGGUGAAGUAGUCGGUACGGAAAGCAGAGGCGUCUCUGCUGAUACUCUGGCUUCAUUGCCUUCAGUAACUUACCAGGCACAAGAUAAGCAAGACAGCAACAUUGAACAAUGUGUUAUUUGCCGUGUGGAGUUUGAGGAAGGUGAAUCAUUGAUUGCACUUCCUUGCAAGCAUUCAUAUCAUUCUGAGUGCAUAAACCAGUGGCUGCAGUUAAACAAGGUAUGCCCUAUGUGCAGUGCUGAAGUUCCUACUUCAGAAAGCAAUCAAGCUUGA